AUGGCGACAGAGUAUAAACUACCGUUCGAGCUGAACGACCCAAGUCUGCUCCACUUUGACUCCUUCGUCGGCAACAGCUGGGUCCAGGCGAAGAAUCCCGGAACCGACAUUCCUUGGGCCAGCUGUCCGACCAAUAGUGCCGAGGACGUUCCAUCAGCUGUGGAAACCGCGCACGCCGCGUUCGAGCAAUACAAGAAAAGUAACCCCCGCCAGCGAGCACAAUGGCUCCUGAAAUGGGAUACGCUCAUCCGGGAAGCCAAGCCCGACCUCGCCAAGAUCCUCACACACGAGACGGGUAAGCCGCUGGCCGAGUCCUACGGAGAAAUCGACUACGCGACCGGUUUCACCUGGUGGUUCGCCGGCGAAGCUGAGCGCAUCCACGGCAGCAUCAGCGUGCCCUCGGCGCCAAACCGCCGGGUCUUCACGGUCAAGCAACCCAUUGGCGUGGCGGCCGCCUUAGUGCCCUGGAACUUUCCCAUCGCGAUGGUCCUGCGCAAGGCGGGCGCGGCGUUCGCCGCGGGUUGUACCAUGAUCGUGAAGCCGAGCCCCGAGACACCGCUGACAGCGCUGGUGUUGGCGCAUCUAGCGCAGAAAGCGGGUUUCCCGGCGGGCGUGUUUAAUGUGCUGACGACGGAUCUGGAGAAUACGCCGUCGUUGAGUGAGGCGUUGUGUAAGCAUCCGUUGGUGAAGAAGGUAACUUUCACAGGCUCUACGCGGGUCGGGAAAUUGAUUGCUUCGCACUGUGCGCAUGGACUGAAGAAGUUGACGUUGGAGCUGGGCGGGAACUGUCCGUUCCUGGUGUUUGAUGAUGCUAAUCUGGAUCAGGCGCUGGAUCAGCUCAUGGCGUUGAAGUGGCGGCAUGCUGGACAGGCGUGCAUCACAGCCAACCGGGUGUAUGUCCAGGCGGGCAUCUAUGAUCGCUUUGCACAGUUACUCAAGGAGCGUACGCAGAAGUUGGUCGUGGGUCAUGGUGCCAAAGAGGGCACGACGAUGGGCCCCGUGACCACUCCUCGGAGCAUUGACAAGGCACUCAGCCAGGUCGAAGAUGCCCGUCGACUUGGAGCCGACGUGAUUCUGGGAGGGAAUAAGGUCACGGAUACCAAGGGGUAUUUCUUUGAGCCCACGAUCCUGACGGGCAUGACCAAGGACAUGUUGGUGUCCCGGGAGGAGACCUUUGCGCCUAUCGCUGCCCUCUAUAAAUUUGAAACGGAGGAAGAGGCAGUGCAGCUGGCCAAUGACACUAGCAUGGGACUGGCCAGUUACGCGUUCACCAAGAAUAUUGAUCGCAUGUGGAGGUUACUAGAGAACUUGGAUGCUGGCAUGAUUGGCAUGAACACGGGUAACUCCUCAGCCGCGGAGUCUCCAUUUGGAGGCAUCAAGGAGUCCGGGUAUGGUAAGGAAAGUGGGAAGGAGGUUGCCGUGAAUGAGUAUCUGGUGACAAAGACGGGAACUCUUACGAUCGAGGGACAGUAUUAG